UUCUGAAGACCUAUUGCUUUUCACCAGGAAGUUUUACUGGGCAUCUCCUGAGCCUAGGCAAUAGCUGUAGGGUGACUUCUGGAGCCAUCGCCGUUUCCCCGCCCCACCAAAGAAGCGGAGACUUAAAGGGGACGUGCAGUCAGAGCUGGGGAAAUGGGCCCGCGAGCCAGGCCGGCGCUUCUCCUCCUGAUGCUUUUGCAGACCGCGGUCCUGCAGGGGCGCUUGCUGCGUUCACACUCUCUGCACUACCUCUUCAUGGGUUCCUCAGAGCAGGACCUUGGUCUUUCCCUGUUUGAAGCUUUGGGCUAUGUGGACGACCAGCUGUUCGUGUUCUAUGAUCAUGAGAGUCGCCGUGUGGAGCCCCGAACUCCAUGGGUUUCCGGUAGAACGUCAAGCCAGAUGUGGCUGCAGCUGAGUCAGAGUCUGAAAGGGUGGGAUCACAUGUUCACUGUUGACUUCUGGACUAUUAUGGAAAAUCACAACCACAGCAAGGUGCCUCCUUUGGUGAAGGUGACACAUCAUGUGACCUCUUCAGUGACCACUCUACGGUGUCGGGCCCUGAACUACUACCCCCAGAACAUCACCAUGAAGUGGCUGAAGGAUAGGCAGCCAAUGGAUGCCAAGGAGGUCGAACCUAAAGACGUAUUGCCCAAUGGGGAUGGGACCUACCAGGGCUGGAUAACCUUGACUGUACCCCCAGGGGAAGAACAGAGAUAUACUUGCCAGGUGGAGCACCCAGGCCUGGAUCAGCCCCUCCUUGCUUUCUGGGAGCCCUCACCAUCUAGAACUCUAGUCAUUGGAGUCAUCAGUGUAAUUGCUGUUUUUGUCAUCAUCUUGUUCAUUGGAAUUUUGUUCAUAAUAUUAAGGAAGAGGCAGACUUCAAGAGGAGUCAUGGGGCACUACGUCUUAGCUGAACGUGAGUGACACGCAGCCUGCAGACUCAUCGUGGGAAGGACACAAAACUAGAGAUUCAAAAAGGGAGUGCACUUAUGGAGCUCUUCAUGUUUCAGGACAGAGUUGAACCUAAACAUAGAAAUCGCCUGAAGAACUCCUUGCUUUUAGCUUUCUCUGUUCAUUUCCUCAAAAAUAUUUCCCCAUUUAGGUUUCUGAUUCCUGCACGCCAGUGAUCCCCAGCUGUGACCUCUCCCCUGGAACUGCCUCUCAUGAACCUCAAGCUGCAUCUGCUUCCUUCAUUUCCUCCAUCACCUCAGACACAUACACCUAUGUCAUUUCAUUUCCUAUUUUUGGAAGAGGACUCCUUAAAUUUGGGGGACUUACAUGAUUCAUUUUAACAUCUCAGAAAAGCUUUGAAUCCUGGGACAUGGCUAGUCAUAACCUUACCAGAAUUUUACAUAUGUAUCUAGGCAUUUUCUGGACCCGUUCUACUUUUCCUUUGAAUCGUCCCUCUGUGUUACCCAGUAACUCAUCUGUCACCAAGCCAUGGGGAUUCUUUCAUCUGAUUGUUAUGUGAGUUGUAGGCUGUACACUGCACGAAUGGAAGAGGCACCUUUCCCAGAAAAAGCAUCAUGGCUGUCUGUGGGUAUUAUGAUGGGUGUUUUUAGCAGGUAGGAGGCAAAUAUCUUGAAAGGGGUUGCGAAGAGGUGUCUUUUUCUAAUUGGCAUGAAGGUGUCAUACAGGUUUGCAAAGUUUAAUGGUGCCUUCAUUUGGAAUGCUACUCUAGUAUUGCAGACCUGAAGUAUAACAAUAAUUUUCUCCCUGAUCUCUCCUUGUUCUGAUAAUGAAAAUUAUAAGGAUGAUGAUAAUGAUGAUAAAAGCACUUACUUUGUGUCCCACUCUUCUGAGCACCUACUUACAUGCAUUAUUGCAUGCAAUUCUUACAAUAAUUCUAUGAGAUAGGCACUAUUAUCUCAAUUUCUUUUUUAGAUGAAGAAAGUGAAGUAGGCCAGGCACGGUGGCUCACGCCUGUAAUCUCAGCACUUUGGGAGGCUGAGGCGGGUGGAUCACGAGGUCAGGAGAUCCAGACCAUCCUGGCUAACACAAUGAAACCCCGUCUCUACUAAAAAUACAAAAAAAUUAGCCGGGCCUGGUGGCAGGCACCUGUAGUUCCAGCUACUGGGGAGGCUGAGGCAGGAGAAUGGCAUGAACCCGGGAGGCAGAGCUUGCAGUGAGCGGAGAUCUCGCCACUACACUCCAGCCUGAGUGAUAGAGUGAGACUCUGUCUCAAAAACAAAAGGAAAGAAAAACGAAAAUAGAGUAUCACACAGCUUGCCAGUGAUAGAAACAGGUUUCAAACUCAGUCAAUCUGACCGUAUGAUACAUCUCACACACCACUACAUUCAGGUAGUUUAGAUGCCUAGAGUAAAUAGAGACGGAAGGAGAUGGCUCUUCUAUUGUCUCAUUGUGUUUCUUCUGAGUGAGCUUGAAUCACAUAAAGGGAAACAGCAGAAAACAACCAGCUGAUCCUCAGCUGUCAUGUUUCCUUUAAAAGUCCCCAAGGGAAGGUCCUGGAAUGUGACUCCCUUGCUCCUCUGUUACUCUCUUUGGCAUUCAUUUCUUUGGCCCCUACGCAAGGACUGUAAUUGGUGGGGACAGCUAGUGGUCCUGCUGGGCUUCACACACACUGUCCUCCCUAGGCCAGUGCCUCUGGAGUCAGAACUCUGGUGGUAUUUCCCUCGAUGAACUGGAGUAAACUCUCUCAUUUUGAGAUGAUAAAUGGAAGCCACCAAGUGGAUUAGAGGAUGCCCAGGCCCUGUCAUGGGGCCACUGGGGUUCCAGUGCACAUUAGAAAAAAAAAAAAAAAA